CCAAUCAUGUUUUAAUCUUUCUUAGCAAUGCAGUUGACCAUGGCAACAAAAUCCCGCCCGAAAACAAAGUUUCCGAGCUCAGAGUCUGUGAGCCUAGCGAAUCGUGAAAAGAAUGACAGCGACAACCGACACACCCGGUUCCCUGGGGGAGUAGGUUUACAGAGGCUCUCAAUUUCAGAGAAAACUGAGCGAUCGAUCACAACACUCUCAAAGAGAGAAGAAGCCGUGAAAACUAUCUCUCGCAUACCAUUGGAGGUCAAUCCACCCGAUUCAACACCGACCAGACCACCACCGGAAUUGAAGACCAAGACAACACAACGAGCUCAAACUCCAGUCCUUCAAGCAAAGAGUCCAUGGGAUACGUAUAAAUCUCUUCGUCCACUCCAGCGCGGUGGUGAAGUCACAGCAGCCUGUACGCGAAUAGACCCGAUUAAGAUGGUAGCUAUCAAGAAGCUCUCUCCCGAUGAUUUCAAACAGUUUAGGAGUUGCCAGCAUAAGAAUUUACUCGCAAUAAUUGAGGCGUAUCAAUUCGAAGGUCAAAUAUUUGCUAUUACCAACUAUACAGCUACUUCUCUAGUACAUAUUAUUGCCAUCCCACUCCAACUAGAAGAGCUUCAUGUAUCUGCAACCUGUCAGCAGGUCUUCCAAGGAAUGCAAUACCUGUCCCGAUUCGGUAUUGCACACGAGAAACUCGAUAGCUCUAAGGUCUUAUUUUCGUGGGAUGGAUGCGCAAAGAUAGAUUCUCAAGCCCAUUUUGGCAAUUGCCAAUCCACGGAAUUGGCCUUAGCUCGCUCAGUCGGGAUCAUUGCCAUCGAAAUGAUGCAAAAUGGCAUCUCUCCUAUAACGGAGAAGUUAGUCCUAAAGGACCCUAGUAGAUGGUCGCCAGAAGCCUCUAACUUUCUAGACAUCGUUUCGUGGGCUACUCUAAAAGAGAUUCGUGAUCAUAAGUUUUUAAAGUAUGUAACCCCAACAGUCAUGAUUCCAUUUGUGGAAUAUGCUCGCUGGGAGACCGUCGAAAGCCACUACUUGCAGAUUGAUUCAAAUGAAUGAUUCAGUUCAAAAUGUCAAGAACUUCAAUCUCAACUUUCACGUGCACUGCACUAGGCGUAUUGGAUUAUU